AUGACAAGUUACACACUAGGACAGAAAUAUAUUUCACCAACGAAACCAGAACGUGGCGUUUUUCCUUUGGAUCAUGAAGGUGAAUGUAAAGAAACCAUGUUGAAAUAUAUGUUGUGUUUAUCGCGUAAUGAUAACAAACCCAGUUUAUGUCAAGCAGAAUCCAAAGAUUAUUUUCAAUGUCGAAUGGAUCGAAAUCUGAUGAAAAAACACGAAUGGGAAGAUUUAGGAUAUUCCAACGAACAACAACGAAAGACUUAA